AUGACCCUGGCUAUCCUAUGACCCUGCUCCUGUCCUGUGUCCUGGCUACCUACAUUGCUCUGCUGCACAUCAGGCAUUACCCAGAACCUGCUCUGUCUGCUACUACGGUACUCAAAUCAGAGAAUACUCUGCCUACCAAGGUCAUCAUCUGCAAGAGCCGCAAGCAACAACCACUGGCGCUCUUGUCCCCCUGGUCCCUAGACUCCCUCUGUUCCAACCUCAGUGGGGUCAGGGCUAGUGACACAAGUGAGGCCGAUCUCGUCAAUUCAAUCUCCUAUCAGGUACGUGACAACUGUACUCCUCUAUCAGACAAUAUAUUAUCUGGGAUGCAGUCUAAA